CUUCAAUGCAAGGAAGGAGUAGAUCUAUGUGAGUUGUGUUAUAGAAUGGAAGAAUGGAAGUAAAACAGUGCUCGUGGUUGAAGCGCAGCGGGAUUUGGACUUCCCAGAAAGCCAUUCGGUGACCUGUAUACUCGCGUGACCUGAUGAAGACAACACUCCAACAAGCCUACGACUGCGUUAUUACUUCCCUUUUCUAAGCAAUGACGCGCCGUGAUGGCGACAACGUCCCGAAGGAAUGUCGUUGAGAAAUUGUUGAAUAAUACAGCAGAUGUUAAAGAGGACCAGCGUGGAAAUGAGUUUGUUUGCAAUGACGAAGGGUGUGCCAAUAUUGGCACUGUUAGUAAAACAGACACACUGAACGUGUUUCUCAAUGACCAUAAUAUUUUGCUUGAAGGUGGGCAGGAAGGCUCAGAUCUCCAGGUCUCCGAGAACGUUCAGCACCCGGACCAUACAGCAAAUGACUUAACUGUUAAAAACACUGCUACAUCUACACAGUUAGGCAAUUUUAAGGAAAGGACAGAACGCAAAACUAUUGUCAGUAGACAUCGUGUGGGAUUUUGGGACUAUUAUGAAGGGGAAAACGAGCGUGUGAACGCAAAUCUUCAAACAAAUCAGAUAUCUCACGUUAGGCUUAAGGCUGAUAUCUCUAAGGCUGAUGAGAGGGAAGAUGACCAAAUUCAACACGUCUCUAGCACUUUAAGUAGACAUGGGUGUUUCAAUAAGUCGUUAAACAACAAAAAUCGACGAGUUUCGUUUUUGGAUCGCGACGGUCGUGUCUCAUUUGCUAGACCGACCUCCUCAACAGUCCUCUACAAUACGUCAACGACGUCUGAGAAUGCACUCAGUCGCUCAGACGAGACGACUGAUGGUAAUACUCUUCAGCUCCAAAAUACAAAGAACGAAAGUGUCUGUCUCGAAAACAACUCAGUGGAUGACAAUGAACAGAUAAGCGCACAUAGAUCUAAAGUUGAUCAUGAAAGUGCUACCCCAAGCAGAAUUGGUUUGGAGCAUAUGAGCAAUGAACAGUCACAAAGUGAAAGACAGGGAUCAGAAAAGGAAGCAACUGGUUUCAAUGAUCGUUUAUAUUCUCUGUCAAAAUGUGCUUUUGUGAGUCUAACAGACGGUGCCCAAUCCAGCAAUGUUUAUCAAUCGCAAAAGUUUCUGGUGAGAUCAGUGCGGACACGAACACAACGCCCGCCAAGGCUGAGUGUUGAAGAGCUUACUAACAAGGUCAAGGACGCUGCUCCACGCAAGGACAUUUUCACAGUCACUGGAAGGACGUUGAUAAAUGAAUUGGACACGUCACACCAACAGAACAGAGAAAAUUCAGACCUGCUAAACGCUGACAUACGUAGACUCCAGGGUCAAGUUCUGGAUGCCCAGAGCAACGUGAAAACACAGUUUAGAACAGAAAAUCUUCAGAAGCUGUACCAUCUCAAUGCAGCGACCCCACUAUCCACCAGCACAACCAGCCUAUUGCCUGACGGGGUACCCGUGCCACGUGACCCAGACAGCCAGCCCUACCAUGAGCACCUCAGCUCGAGCCUACAGGCUUUCCGCGCCCGUAAGUGGCGACCUUUGACCCCGGACCAAGUGCCGGGCACCACUGUGACCCGAUGUCGACCGAUAAGUGGAAGCCCUCGGAUCUUGAGUCACCUCGUCACUGACCCCCGACCCCGAACUCCCAACUCUUCUUAUGGUGACGUCAUCGAGACCACGAGGCGACCACGGAAGUCAAAGAGGAGGGGUCAGCGUGCCAAUGUAGCAAGCAAAGCAGAUCUUCAAGAGGAGGUAGACGGCGAUGUGGAAGAUGUCAGUCAUUUGAAUGGCGAGGGCAAACUUGUAGACGAAGACGGCGAAGACAAAGAUGGCCAUGACGACAACAAUAACGACGACGACGAUGAUGACGUCGACAGCGAGUCUGAUAGCGACUCUGACUCCGACAACGACAGCAUCUCGGAACUGGAGAAAGGCAACGAGCCACCCGUGGAUUCAAACCGCACAAUCCCCGACCUACAUCUACGACCGGAAAGAUUAGAUCAUGUGUACACCCCGGAGAACAAGAGGGACAUGAGACGUUUCGAUUUCGACGCCGAGAAGGUAGACAUCCCGGCCUACGAGUUCGAGUGUCCCAUCCCUGCCCCGUUCACAAGGAUCAACUUUCGUUUUCACGCACGAGAGAAUUCUGAUUGGCGCUACCAUCAGUCCAAUCUGGGGCCUGCGGAUCCCGAGCUUAGUGCAAUGUUCGACCGACUUGUUGACAUCUCUCGCAGGGUGAUCGAGACGGAGGAGUGGGAGGAGAAGAGGAUGCGUUCCCUCAGAAAGCGUCCCGCGUCGCGAGCAGCUAGCGCUAACAGAGCCCACGCAUCUUCCGCUGCUACGUCGGCAAUGGUUUACUCUCGAGAUAACAAACGCUGUUGCAGCUCGUGUUUGCAAGCCGCUUGCGUUGGCGACUGUCCUGACAAGCGCGUAAAGCCCAACUGCUGUGAGAACUGUCGUCAGCCUCUGUGCACCGACACGUGCGACGAGACAAAGUACGAACAACGCAUGCGUCAACCUAGAGACGACGCCUCCUCCGGGAACGCCUCCCGCCCACCGCUCCCUUCCGGUCCACGCAGUUGUCGCCCAUGCCAAAGACGACACACCGCAAAGCUGAUCAACGCUAACAACGUCGUGUUGGGUAGGCCCAAUUCUGCUUUCUCAACGUACAGCCGCGGUAAAAGCUCUGCCAAACCUAAAACCGAUCUCCGCCCCACCUCAGCGUUUAACCUCUCUGAGUGCAUCUACAAAGGAAUAGAAAAACUGGGCAUAGACGCGGUGAGACCCACACCUCCGUCCUCCGCCAAACCUGGCCGACCGAGAGGUCGAGGGGACAUGAUGCCGGGGAAGACGUGUUUCUCCAACCUCAGUCGCUCUCUCACUGACUUGUCGCCCAAGAGGAAACGACGCACAAAAUCGGCGAAAACUAGAUCUAUUAGGACAUCUACUGCGUAACUUUAGACUUAACUUAACAUUUUACUUCUACGUUAUUUAUUUUGUCUCAGCAAUUAUAUGGCACUCAAAGAAAAGUAAUCAUGUUUGAAUACAAUUAAAGUUUAGCCCACACUCCCACGGUAGCAGUGAGAUAUUACUGCUCCAGGGAGCAUUUCUUAGACGAGAGAGACGAUGCUGCGACCAUAACGUGGCCUCAACGGUGACAUAGAAUGUUGCACACUAGAUCUAGUAGGUGGAAAUCGGAAAUCCAACUUUACUGUUAUCCCACUUUGACUGUGACUGCCGAAUAUAUAGAACUGACCACUGCCCCUGAAGUGCUCCUAGAAAUUCCUGCUAUUGUGGGAAUACAAAGCUGAUUUAAAAAAAAAGUUAAUUUAGAUAAUGAAUUUGUUCGUAGAGGAAGUAAAGAAUUGUUCUGCUCAUUCUCUACAAUAGAGGCGAUAGCGAGUAAAACAGUUGGUGUUUUUAUUAAAUAGGAGAAUGCGAAAAUGUAAAUUAUUUAGCCUUUGUUCAAUAUGGGAGUAAAUCUAAAUUAAAGAACUUCCAUCUAAGUC